CCCUGCCCUAGGGCAAUGUGUCUCAAUCUUGGCAACUUUGAUAUGCGUGGACUUCAACUCCCAGAAUUCAACGCGCACACUCGCCGGUGGACUUUAGUAAGCGGAUGACAGAGUCCUCCCCUUUCCGAAGAUAGAGUGUCGCUGGCAGAAGUAGGAAUAGCUGGUUUUUCUUCUUCUCUUGGCUGGGAAAAGGGGUGACUGCUGUCGAGGGCAGGUGAAUGGAUAAAAAGAAUAGGAUAGAAAGAAUCGAGUGGACAGACAGAAAGGAAGAAGCGACUCGAUAAACAAGUCUGGGAGAGAAGUACUGGCAUUUCUGAUUAUUCUUUGUGUGAAACAGCAAACACCGUUGCAAUGUUAAGUUAAGGCAGAACAUCAAACUGUCAGUUCCUUGGUCUCUCAGAAGUUUCAUCAAGGGGAAACCAUGGAGCAAGAGAGAGUUGGAGGCCAUCAACUGGGACUAUGUGUGCUUUGUGGUUUACCAGCAGCAGGUAAAACUAGGACAGCACAAGUGCUGAGUUCCUCCUUAAGGAAGCACAAAGGAUGGUCCUGCAUUCUUCUCAGUUAUGAUGAUCUCAUUCCUUUGGAAGCAUUCAGUGAAAUAGAGAUUUCUCAUUGGAGAUCAUACCGGCAUGAAUUAUUAUUGUACCUUGAACACUUCCUUCAGGCUCUUAUUAAAGGAUGCCAUUACUUUCCUCCUUCAAACAGAACUGAAACAAUGUGGAAAACUUUUGUCUCCUGUUUGAUGGAACAAGGAUUAAUAUCUGCAGGAACAGAAGACUCUGCAUCUUGUCAAUAUUUAAUAGAUUUCAUUCCACUCAGGCCAAUAUAUUUUAUUUUAGAUGACAACUUUUAUUAUCGGAGCAUGAGAUAUGAAGUGUACCAGUUAGCUCGCCAGUAUUCAUUGGGCUUCUGUCAAUUGUUCCUAGACUGCCAGGUUGAAGUUUGUUUAGAGAGAAAUUCUCAGAGAAAGAAGCCAUUACCUGAGGAAACCAUAUUUGCAAUGGCACAAAAGCUAGAAUGUCCAAAUCCAAAAAAAUACAUGUGGGAGCAAAAUAGCCUUAUUCUGAAAAGUGCUGAAUUUUCAUUAGAAGAUAAUUUUCAGGUGUUUAAUUUGUUAUCUUCUGCUUUGGAAAAUCCAGUAAAACCCAUGGAAGAGAAUACAGAAGAAAAGGAGAUGGAUCGGGCUAUAUGUGCAAGCAAUGUUCUACAUCAAGCUGAUCAAGUUCUCAGGCGAACAAUCUCUGAAACAAUGCAGAAGGCUAAAGGUAGUCAACUUACAACAGUUCAUUCAGCAGCUGUUCGAAGUUAUGACAGCACUGAGAAAAGUGAAUUAAGACCGUUUUUCACUUACGACCACUGCAGUAUCCCCAUGGUUACAUGAUCAGAAUUCAGAGUUGGCAACUGACUCAUAUAUAUGACGGUUACAGUGUUGUGAGGUCACAUGCUUCUUUUGCAACCUUCUGACAAGCAAAGUCAAUGGGGAAGCCAGAUUCAUUUAGCAACCGUGUUACUACCUUAACAACUGGUGAUUCACUUAACAACUGGCAAGAAAGAUUGUAUAAUGGAGCAAAAUUCAAGUAACAAUUGUCUCACUAACAGAAAUGUUGGGCUCAAUUGUGGUCAUAAGUUGAGGAUUACCUAUACAGAACAAGGAUGUAUUUUUUUUUCAUCUAUAUAGUAUUCCUUGUUUUUGACAUUUUUUGAUCUUAAAUUAUUUGCCCUAAAUACAAUGUCCAUAUCUCUAUGCAUUCUGUCUUGCAUAUAUGUUCGAUCCUUUAUUAUAAUGACUUGUCCCCUUGAUCUUAACUUGGUCGUUGUCCAUGCUUCUAUUCUACAAAAGUACUUGCAACACAUAAAAGCAAACAAUCUGCCAGCAGUCUUUUAAUUUCCUCCAAAAUUAAGUUUACCUGUUUUUCAAAAAGAAGCCCUCAUCUGCUCAGUACUUUUCCCUACUUCAUCGCUACGUGGCCAUUUCUUGCUGAAACUUAUAAUUGUUGUAUUCUGCCUUGUUUUCCAGUUAGCAUAUCUGAUUCAGUUAUUUCAUUCUGCCCAUCCAUCCCUGCUUCUGAGUUAUUCCAAUUCUUAAGCUAAGGAAACAUUUUCAUUUCACAGGCUUCGGUAUUUAAAAAUACAAAAUUCAUAAGCGCAGUAAGGCAGAACAUGCCCAUAUUGUUCAUGAGUGAAUUGCUAGAAUGGGACAGGACUACCAUGGGACAGGACUACCAAUGAUCGUAUCACUUGCUUUCUUGAUACAAUUGGCACCAACUAGCUACUGGUAUUUUCCUGUUAAACCUGCCCUCCUUACCACCUAGCAAAACAGGAAGAAUGAACUGGUUAUUGGUUAGUAGACUACAGUAAUCUGUCUAACAAAUUGUAUUCUGCAUUUAACCAAUGCGAGCAAUCACUCGCAAUUAUAUAGAUCAAAGAUGUUAUCUGAGAUGGGGAUGAAGCAGUGUGUAUAUCCAACAAUACAAAUUAUUCAAAGUGAUUGUUGUAGGAAGAUUAUAAAAACAUUUUCCAAAAUAUGGCAGCGAAGGGGGGUUGUCAUAGAAACAGGCUUCUUUCUUUGGAAUAGAAACAAAAUAUAUAUUUUUUAGAAACAAAGGAAAAAUAUAAUUGUGAGAAAAAAAUACUUUUGGGAUUGAGAGAGCUUCCAGCAGGGAAUUUGCUGAGGUUCUCCAUUUACACAGUUGGAAAACCUGGAUGGCACAUUUUUUAAAAGUUAUAUUCUUUUGUCGAAAAACUCAGACUGUAACAGAAUAGAACAAAACUAUGUGCUUCCUGUCCAAUACUAUAACUGGGUUAAUUAAAAACCACAAGCAUAAACAUACUGACAGUUCCAUCCAAGCUGAGUGCUUUGAUGUCUCAUGCAAAUAUGACUUUUAUCAUUGAAAUAGUGGUCUUUAAAUAAAUUUACUGAUUUCUCACAACUUUUUGUCAGUUGCACCCCAUUCAGCUUUAAAUUAGAUCUGUAUCUAAUUUCAUGAUUUUUUUUUGUCCUAGCAAUAGCAUUUAGGCUUAUACAGUAUAUCACCCCAUAAUGCUUUAUAGUACACUCUGGCAGUUUACAAUAUUUCGCAUAUUGUCCCCAACAAUAUGCAAGGCUGAGUCCACCUUCAGGCCUGUCAGGAUCAAACUCCAGGCUGUGGGCAGAGUUUGCCUACAAUACUGCAUUCUAACCACUGCACCACCAGCGCUCUUAUCCUACUUUGUCUUUGUGUUACAGGUAGCAGUUCACAAUCAAUAGUACUGCAAAAAGCAUCAGGGAAAUUCUAAGUGGAAGUGUCCCUUGGACAGCACUGCCACCUUAAUGCCAAAAACUAAACUCAUUUGAAUAAAACAAAAAAAAUGGUAACAGAAUAUUAAAAAUAUUAGCAUUUAUUGAACUUUUGCUGGAAUUUUAUUGAUGUCGAACCCAAAUCUUUAAAUUUCUACAUUUCCUAAGGACUUAUUAAUGAAGUUAUUUCAUGUAAUGACCCUAUUUGGAAGUUGUACAGAUAAUCAACAGAUCACAAGAACUGGUAGCUCAGA